AUGGCAGGUGAAGUUCACAUGUUGAACACAUCCACGAUUGGUGCACAGCAGACCUCCAGCUCUCGGAAACUGGUCAAGGUGCAGAUGGAAUCCAUUGAUGGAACUGUGUCCUACCCGCUCAAGGCAUGCGUAUAUGAUCGUGUGACCAGGAAGACGCAGGUCGUCGACUGGAGCCGGUACACAUCCAAUUAUGAGCAUCUGAAGUUCAUAGACUUCCCCAAAAUCUCCAGCGCCAUGGUCGACCUCCUGAUUAGACUAGACGUCAUCGAUGCCCACGCAUCACUCGCGGAGUACAGAAGCAGCAGCGGUGGACCAAUUGCCCGCAAGACGCCACUGGGAUGGGUGUGUAUGGGCCCAACGCCCAGUGCACCCAGUGAUGACGAGUUGUCCGUCAACUAUGUGCAUGCUUUAUACAGCGAAUGCAGCAUUGACAGCCUGGUCCAGAAUCUGGAGGCAGUCGGUAUGAAGCACGAAGGCACCUACAUCACCUCUGCAGAAAAGCUGGCUGAGGAGAUCGUUCAGAAAUCCAUCAGCUUCCAUUAUCAGCGAGUCACCAUGGAAGUCCCAUGGAUCCACAGCAACUGCGAGCCUGGUGUCACCGCUAAUCGCGCCAUGGCAGACCAUCGCCUGUGUAUGCUAGGGAAAUCGCUGGACAAGCGUCCAGAAAUGAAGGCAGCAUACGACAAAGUCAUAUGUAGCUACAUUGACAAAGGCUAUGUGCGCGCAGUUUCGGCAGCAGAGGUUGAGGCAGAUGGCGACGACCAGUGGUUCCUGCCGCAUUUCGCCAUUGUACGAGAUGACAAGGCCACCACGAAGGUACGUGUCGUCUUUGAUGCUGCUGCCAAGUAUGACGGCACGUCGAUCAAUGAGUGCAUGUACGCUGGACCCGCUCUGCAGAAUGACCUAGUGAAAGUGCUCCUGCGGUUCCCCAAGGAGCCAGUAGUGCUCACGGCGGACAUUAACGAGAUGUUCCUGCAAGGCUGA